GUCAAAACCGCCAUUACCACUUCCACUAAACUAAUAAAUCCCCUCUCCCCCCACUUGGAUUUUGACAAAACCAACAAGAAAUCCCCCAGAUCAUCAUGGGUUCUGCCUCUGCAGAAAUGGGUUUUGCUCGGUUUCUCCUAAUUCUCCUAUUACUUUCUCUUCUCACCACCACAUCCACCGCUCAAUCCUUCAAGUGCAGCUCUCCGGCUAGCUGUAGCGCCCUUGUCGGCUACGCUCCCUACAACGCCACCACCCUCUCCGAAAUUCAAUCCCAAUUCAAUGUAAAAAAGUUCCACUCCCUCCUCGGUGCGAACAACCUCCCCCUCUCCACACCUCGCACCUACUCUAUUAAAUCCAAACAAACCGUCAAAGUCCCUAUCCCCUGCAUUUGCUACAACAACACCGGGGUUUCGAACAAGGUGCCGAUUUACACGGUGAAAAAAGACGAUGGGUUGUACUUCAUAGCUUCCACGGUGUUCUCUGGGUUAUUGAAGUACCCGCAAAUUGUGGUGGCGAAUAAGAUUCCGGACAAGGAUAAGAUAGAUAUUGGGCAGAAGCUGUGGAUCCCGCUGCCGUGCAGCUGUGAUGAAGUGAGCGGUGAGAAGGUGGUGCAUUAUGCCCAUGUGGUGGAGGCGGGCAGUACGGUGGAGGAGAUUGCGAAGCGGUUUGGGACCGAUUCUCAGACUUUGCUUAGCAUCAAUGGGAUGGCAAAUGAUAGCCAGUUGAUGGCCGAUCAAUCUCUGGAUGUUCCUCUCAAAGCUUGUAAUUCAUCAAUAAAAGAGAACUCGUUAGACUACUCCUUACUUGUUCCUAAUGGCUCAUAUGCCAUCACUGCCGGUGCUUGUGUCAAAUGCAGCUGUGAUUCCCCCGACUGGACAUUACAAUGUGAGCCUUCCCAGCUCAACACAACCAUAUCCAAUUGGGGGGCGUGUCCUUCAAUGCAAUGUGAAGAAGUAUCGGGAAGUCCAUACAUUGGCAACACAACUUCUUUGAGCAACUGCAAUCGCUCAACCUGUGCCUAUGCUGGCUAUGACAAUAAAACCAUCUUCACAUCCCCUACCACGGAGUCUACUUGUCCAGCAUCACCUCCUUCCGGCAAUAAUUCAUCCAAAAUUGAUUCAAAUUGGAACUUCCUUUUCAUCUGUGUUUUUACUUUGUUGCUUUGUUUUUAUCUUUCCUAGUGAGACAUUGAUACCAUAUGCAAAUUGUGGAGCAUUUUGGUUUGGUUAGCUUCAGCUUGAGAAAAUACCAUAUACAAAAUAAUUUGUGAUGGAGCUAGAGAUAUGCUUCCUUUAAUUUUGUUUCUUUCAAUGUUUAGUAAGAGAUAUACAUCUGAAAUCUUUUAAGACCUUAGUCUGUCUUUUAAUCAAUAGCAUAUCAUUGAAUGCAAUGUUCAACAUUUUAAUGCUUAUAAAUGUAAAACUAGAAUAUAAUUUCCAAAAACUAAUAUGUAACAGGGAUGGUACAACAGAGAUUGUUUGAUGGGGGGUGAAUCUCAAAUUGGG